AUGCAGGUGUCUUCUCGCCCUCCUUCAUCUCGUCAACACAGUCAAGCAGAGAUGAGAGGUCGUGCGCCUCUUCCAGUUUCAUCUGGGGCGGCGCCCCAGAACGGUCAUACCCGCAGUCACUCGGGACUCGACGUUGCCCGCAGUCCUCCGAACCAGAGCAACAAGAACACCAAACAUGUUCCAUGCAAAUUCUUCCGUCAGGGUGCCUGCCAGGCAGGCCCCGCUUGUCCGUUCUUACACUCCACUGAUGCAGGAAUUGACUACGCCCCGUGCAAAUACUUUACAAAGGGAAACUGCAAGUUCGGCGCCAAAUGCGCACUGGCGCAUAUCCUCCCCGAUGGACGACGAGUCAACCGACCGACGGGAGGCAUGGGUGGCCACCUCAAUUUGGGUGGUCGAGUGAACCCACAGGCAUACGUUAACCAGGACUCAGCCCUCACCAACUCCGUUCUCUCUCAGCAGCGCAUGAACGGUCACGAGCAGCCUCGAUAUGCCCCGCAGCUCCCCCCGCAGGAGGAGUACGCAUCGCUGCAACAGGCCCCCUACGAUGCGAUUCCGACGAUUGACACGGGCCUUGCCUCCGAUGCCGGAUCUAAGUAUGGGUCCCCGGCCGAAGAUGUUCGUUUUCCGAUGUCGCCCAACAACAACCACCUUACCGCUCUCGAUGCGGGGCUCCCGGCUUCAUUCGACAGCCAGGGUAUCUCGCAUGCUGCUCGUUACGGACCGGUGGCUGCUUCGAUGCCAUCGCAAUUCGGAUUGGAAUCGCCUCCGGCUCAGAGACCGGCCCAAACCGACGCUUUCCGCAACCUGCGUGACAUCUACGGCUCUAGCUUCCAGAGGAAGCCUUCUUCGAACAUUGGAUCGUCGCCUCCAGCCCCCGAAGACACCAUUGGCCCCCGGUUCAUGCACUCUGCCCGCCCUGUCAAGCCGCGCAUGCUUUCCGCUAGCGUUCCCCGACCCACCGCCCUCGAGGACUGGGACGAAAACUUCCCGAUGGAGGAGGACUAUUUGCCAGUUAACUUGCACGACGAUGUUCUCACCCCACAGGAGAAGCUGCGCCGACUCUCUCGGACUGACAACGACUUGAGCUCUAGUCACCGUGACAUCAGCGGCCUCGGCAUGACCAGUACCAGCUUUUCCAAGACUGGCUCUCCUUUGGCAUCGAGUCCGUCUCGUUUUGGGGCAUUGUUUGCCAAGCAGCGCCAGCGAAAAGAAGAGGAGUCUCAUGGCUCUUCUUUCCAUAUUGGAUCUCCUCUACGUGAAUCGUCAUUAAACCCAAUCACCAGCCCUAGCCUUGGUCCUAUUGGCAGCAGCCGUGCUUCCCAUGAUGGCUCGCCGUUUGUUUCAAGCCCUGGACGUCAGUCCUCGAUGUCGAUGAUCUCUGAGCAGCUUGGUGGCAUGUCCCUUCAUCCUGGUCCCACUCGCCACACAGCAGUACCCCCUGCUCGCCUUGACCGAACCAUAUCCUCCCCGGUCACGAACAGCAAGAUCGAAGAAGAGGAGCAGAGCGAUCUGGUCUUCUCCAUGGAGGAAGAAGAGGGUAACAAGCGGAGUGGUGCCCCGUGA